GCAUACGCGUCGUAUUCGGACCAGGAGCUCGAAGAAAUCAAAGAAUCUGGAGAACUCGCGCAAUAUGCAUACUACAACGAGGUCCCUGUGGGCUUGGUGAUCUGCAAGCCCCUCCAACCCGUGAACUCAAAAUCGCCUGCAGGCCUGCUGGUUGAUAAACUGUGCGUCCUGCCUGCCUACAGAGGUAAGUAUGGUCUGGAAGAUAAAUUGCUCGAGUACGUCGAGAAUGUUGCAAGAAAGAGACACCUGGAUAAAAUAUAUGUGGUCACCGAGGAGCCAAGCCAAUGGCAAAAAUUUGGCUUUUCAUACGAGGACGCCUCGCAAGAGCUUUAUCGGAACCUUAAUCUGGUAAAAGAGGGCCAGCAGCUCUUGAGGAAGGCGCUGAACCACUAAGGUCUGACUACAAUGCCUAUUGUUGACUCCUGCGUCCGGCGCUUACCUAAGCAGUUUCAGUUUCACAGUAAACUAUAUAGUCCAGUAGAGCAACCACGUCAAUAGAGUUGCCAAAUAUUACCAAGAUGGUCGACUACGCGAACUGGCUCAAAUCCGUUUCUGACGACACCAAUAUUGGUCGUCUAUCGAUUCCAGGAACCCACAACUCUGCUGCGUGCCACACUGCGCUUCCUUCUGUCCAAUGUCAGGGCGCAUCUGUCACCAAACAAUUAGAGCAUGGAGUUCGGUUUUUGGACGUGAGGCUGUCUCGAAACUUUAUUACAACACAUAACGAUGACGAGCACAGAAAUGAUCUGAUUGUCAUUCACGGCAAUUUCCCCGUCAAACUGCUUGGAUCCGUCAAGUUUAGCGAGCUUUUAGACGAGGUGUAUAAAUUCGUCGACAAGCACCCUUCGGAGUUUGUGAUCUUGUCCAUCAAACAAGAGGGCACUGGUACCUGGGACAACCAGAAUGACGAGUUUGCCAAUGUCAUCAACGACCGCUUCAUCUCGAAAAACAGGGACAAAUGGUACCUGCGUUCUGAGCUGCCAACAUUGAGAGACUGCCGAGGUAAGAUUGUUCUGUUCAGACGCUUUGGUGUCCAAGACGGAGAGAAGCAAGGCUCUUUUGGUAUUCCUGCGUCCUCGUGGUCUUACAAUACCACUGAUGACGACAGAGGAUGUAUCAGGGUUCAAGAUUUUUGUGAGAUAAAGACCGAGCAAGAUAUCCCAAAGAAGGCAGAGUACGUUAAGAACAUGAUCAACAUUGCCAAGAGCUACAACAGCAGUAACAGCGACCCAAAGCUGUUCGUCAACUUUUGCUCGGGAUCGAAUUUCUUUGACCGUGACUGCUGGCCAGAGAAAGUCACCGAGGGUCUGAUGGGGGCCAGCUUAGACGAGUGCUACGGCAAUGGAUGCGGGACGGUGAUUUUGGACUAUAGUGAAAAGGACGACUGGAAGUUGGUCAAGAAACUUGUUGACCAGAACUUUUAAGUAUAUGUGUAAGUGAUUGACGAAAUGUCCAGAUAAACUGUUGUAGCUGAGCAGGAAGAAG